CCCGCUUCCUGUCCUCGCCGCCUCCCGCCCCCCGCCCCGUCAGGGCGCCGGGCGGAAGUGCGCGGCGCGGCCAUGGCGGCGGUGGAUAUCCGAGAUAAUCUCUUGGGAAUUUCCUGGGUUGACAGCUCUUGGAUUCCAAUAUUAAACAAUGGGAGCGUGUUGGACUAUUUCUCAGAGCGAAGUAACCCAUUCUAUGACCGAACAUGUAACAAUGAAGUUGUCAAAAUGCAGCGGAUGACCUUGGACCAUUUGAACCAAAUGGUUGGAGUGGAGUACAUCCUUCUUCAUGCACAAGAGCCCAUUCUCUUCAUUAUCCGAAAGCAGCAAAGGCAAUCUCCAGCACAAGUUAUCCCAUUGGCUGACUACUAUAUUAUUGCUGGAGUGAUUUAUCAGGCACCUGACUUAGGGUCUGUCAUUAACUCUAGAGUUCUCACUGCAGUGCAUGGAAUUCAGUCUGCUUUUGAAGAAGCUAUGUCCUACUGUCGCUAUCACCCAUCCAAGGGCUACUGGUGGCAUUUCAAAGAUCAAGAAGAACGAGAGAAAGCUAAACCAAAAGCCAAGAAGAAAGAAGAACCAAGUUCUAUUUUCCAAAGGCAACGGGUAGAUGCUUUGCUUUUAGACCUAAGACAAAAGUUUCCACCUAAAUUUGUUCAGCAAAAGCCUGGAGAAAAGCCUAUCCCAGUGGAUCAAAUCAAGAAGGAACCAGAACCAGCCCCUGAAGCUGUCAAGCCAGAGGAAAAAGAGACUGUAAAGAAUGCUCAGCAGAGUGCUGGCGCUAAAGGACCACCUGAAAAACGGAUGAGACUGCAGUGAAGGGAGAAGUUGUUACACAUCUGGAUUAGUCAGUACCUGGAAAACAGGAGAUUCUUGCUCCCCUUUCUUUAUAUUUAAGCUCUUCCACUGAGACUGACACUUCAGGGACUGAAGUCCCUGUAAGAGCUUUUUCUGUAGAAACCUGUCACACAAAUGUUAAUGUCAGGAUGUGAGCUGCCUCAAAGAAGGUGUUCUCAGUGUUCAUCUUAUUUUGAAUGUUGGCUUCUGAGAAUGGUUUUUAUAUGGACAUAUUUUGCAGCCUCCUGAAAUCUUUAAAAACUCUUGCAUCCCUUGUGUCUUGGUUUCGUAUGUAAAAAGAAAAAACUUUUAUCUAUUAAAAAAAAAAAAAGUAACCUGAAUUUUUGGCAAAUGAAACUCCUGGCUGCUGGAA